CACCCCUCGGCUCGCACGGCCUUCUCUCAGAGUGCACACGACCUCGAGCGUCUCACCGGCUCACCAUGUCCUGGUUCAGAUCCAACGAGGGACAGCUGCCCUCGUCGACCAACAACGGCAUGUCAAACAACGCCGGCAGUGCAGGCUAUGCGCGAACCUCGUCAGCCAGUGCACAGGCACCCAGAGGCUAUACAGCCCCUCCCCCCGUAGCUCCUCUGAGACCUGUGCAGAGACAGCCCGUCGACUAUGCUUCGGAGAAGUCAGGAUUGACGCCGCAGACGCCUCAAGGCGUAAGGUCACCGAGAGGACGACCUGGUAUCUACGCCGUCAGAGAGUGCCCAUCACAAUCGCUUCCCCUCACCAACUGUCUGGCAACGUCUGAGCAAGACUUUCCGCCCUAUACUUACGUCAAAGUAAAGGACAGCUUUGUCUUUACUACCAUAGGAUCAACACUAGAGCCAGGAUGCAUUGGACCAGCGCGCCAUCAGCGUACGUGGGCGCAGCUCUCGUUCGCAGGUGCAGGCGACCGCGUACCCGUCGAACUAUUCGACGUCCAGAAGCAGCUCGGCCCCGACCAUCUGCUGGGCAGCAUCACGUUAGAGCUCAGCCUCAAGAAUGGCACCGGCGAUUUCGACGCCGAGCAGCUUGAGUCGCGCUUCAGAAAGCAAUUUGACUCGGUCAUGUUCACUGUCGGUCAACCGCUCGUCUACGAAUUUAGCGGCGUCAUCUUCCAAGGUAGCGUCAAGAGUCUCAAUGUCAUGGAGCUGCAUGGCGGCGGCCGGGGCGAUAGCUUUAUGGGUAUCCUGAUGGCUCAAACGGAAUGUACAUUCCUCAAAGGAGAUGGAAAUUUCAAGAUCAAAGCCAGCUCGAAGAGAGCCGCCCCGAAUGCUAUCAUACAGCCAAACUUCAAAUUCGAAGACAUGGGCAUCGGUGGUUUGGAUGCAGAGUUCAGCAAUAUCUUCAGACGCGCCUUUGCCAGUCGCAUCUUUCCCCCCGGUCUUGUCGACAAGCUCGGUAUUCAGCACGUCAAAGGCAUAUUGCUCUAUGGACCGCCAGGCACUGGCAAGACGCUCAUGGCACGUCAGAUCGGCAAGAUGCUCAACUCACGCGAGCCAAAGAUUGUCAACGGUCCGGAAAUCCUCAACAAGUUCGUAGGCGCGUCGGAAGAGAACAUACGCAAGCUCUUCGCGGAUGCGGAAAAAGAGUACAAAGAGAAAGGCGACGAAUCUGGGCUACAUAUCAUCAUCUUUGACGAACUGGACGCAAUAUGUAAGCAACGAGGGUCUACGGGAGGUGGGACCGGCGUGGGAGACUCGGUCGUAAAUCAAUUGCUCUCAAAGAUGGACGGCGUAGACCAGCUGAACAACAUUCUCUUGAUCGGAAUGACAAAUCGAAUGGACAUGAUCGAUGAAGCGCUUUUGCGACCCGGACGACUGGAAGUACAUAUGGAAAUCUCGCUACCCGACGAUAAAGGACGACUGCAGAUAUUGAAGAUACAUACUGCUAAGAUCUUCAAAAACGGCAUCAUGGAGUCCGACGUAGAUGUCAACGAGCUGGCCUCCUUGACGAAGAAUUUCAGCGGUGCAGAGAUUGGCGGUCUCGUGAAGAGCGCGACCUCUUUUGCCUUCAAUCGACAUGUCAAAGUCGGCACACAGGCGGGCAUAGGCGAUGAUAUCGACAAGCUACGGAUCAACCGCUCUGACUUUAUGCAUGCACUCGAAGAAGUCAAGCCUGCUUUUGGUGUUGCAGAGGAAGAACUUUCUGCAGUCGUGCAGAAUGGCAUCAUUCGAUAUGCGCCUCACAUCGAUGCGAUAUUACGCGACGGAGCGCUAUACGUCGAGCAAGUCAGAAAAUCAGACCGGACGCCAUUGGUCAGCGUGCUGAUACAUGGGCCACCAUCUGCUGGCAAAACUGCGCUAGCCGCAACAAUCGCGAUCGCUUCAGACUUUCCUUUCAUCAAGCUCAUAUCGUCGGAGAAUAUGAUAGGCUACUCCGAAGCGCAAAAGAUCAAUUACCUCAACAAGGUCUUCACUGACAGCUACAAGAGCAAGUUAAGCGUCGUCGUUGUCGAUGGCAUAGAGCGUAUACUAGAUUGGGUGCCUAUUGGACCACGAUUCUCGAAUAGCGUUUUGCAGGCACUUAUGGUGCUACUAUCGAAACGACCACCCAAGGGCCAUCGCUUGCUCAUUCUGGCUACGACAUCUUCGACGAGCAUGCUGCACGACAUGCAGCUCUACGACUCUUUCGCGGCUGAUAUCCCUGUGCCGGCCGUUGAUAAUCUCGAUAGCUUGAUACGGAUAGUCGACGACGUCAAGCUGUUCCGCGAUCAAGCAGAUUUCAAGCGCGCAGUGCAACUACUCCAAAGUGCACGCUUCGGCGAAGACGGGCGAUUCUCGAUUGGCAUCAAGAAGCUGCUGGGCUUGGUCGAAAUGGCUCGGCAAGACCCUUCGCCUGCAGACAAGCUCGUAUCGGGCUUGCUGAAUACUGUUGCCUCCAUAGAAGCCAUGCGGUGAAUGCAGCUCUGUAUGCUACUACGCGAAAAGGCCUUCGACGAUCAUCUGAAGCGUCAACACAACGCUGCCAUCGAUAUCUCGCUGCUGAGAUAUGUCUAGGCAGUCGCGCCACAGGUCGAGCGCGUCUGCGAUGGGUUCCUCGGGACCGAUGCAGGCAUAGGAAGGCGGAGUUUGCCAAUAGCCCUUCUCAGGCGCAUUGAGGUCGACAAGCAUAUGACUGCGAUUACUUUGAAAGCGCUUCAGCAAUUGCGUUCCGUCGAACAGGCGAAAGGUCGGCUCAUACUGUCUUGGCCCGUAGUGCGCCUCAAAAGUAUGCUCAAAGUAG